AUUCAGAACAGCCACGAGCUAACGCUAAGAAUAGACAACAGAAGCCAAUCCAUGUCGAGGCAAGCUGUUGGGAAAAAAAUGGCGUACGGUGUUGGUGCAUUUCGCAUGGCGAGUAGGGUGGUGUAAGCUCUGACGGCUCUGACGCUUCUACGGUGGUAAUGGCGAGACAGAAUCGAAAAAGGAAGAAGACCGCGGGCAGCGAGCGCAGUAAGUUCUCCCGGAAAGAUCGGAGACAUUUGAUCGAGUUCGGCGAGCGUCACCCCGCCGACGAACAACCCGUAGACGAACAACCCGCCGAAGGCCGACGGGAGACGGUCGUCGAGCUCAAGGAGCCCGUCGGUAGCGACGUCGACGUCAGCUCCGAUCCCGAAGCCGACGAAGAGAGCUCGGAGAGCGACGCCGCCGACGCUGUUCAGCAGCUGCUCGGCACGUUCGGUCGUUCGAGGGCCGAGGCUGCGGAUUCCGAUGGCAGCGAGGACGACGACGACGAUGACGAGAACGCAUCCGUCGAGCCGCAGGAUGGUGACGGCGAACAGGAUGAUGCCGACGUGGGUUCUGACGCCGACGUGGUGUCCGACGCCCCGUCCGACAACGAGAGCCUGCCGGAGGGAGUGGAGGACUCGCCAGACGAGCACGAGGAUAAGGCGGACGACCCGUAUGUGGUGCACUGGGAGUGGCACCUAGAGAGCGACCACUUCCCGCUGGCCAACACCACCCGCUUCCGGCGGGAGGAGCGCUGGCCGGCCCUGGGCAGGCUGAGUGUCACUGAGGUCCAGGACAACCCCCGCGAGGUGCCCAUGAGUCGGAACUGGGGCCCACACCUCAAGGAGGCCCUGCGGGACGUGGCCAGGACCCUGUCGCCGGUCGGCCAGGAGCUACUGGCCAUUUUAGGAUCCUACCGGGAUCUGCUGUUUCCCGCGCGGACGCUGAACAAUGGCGAGGAAGUACGGAUGACUUACUGUCUGCACGCCCUCAACCAUGUCCUCAAGAGGCGGUCUCGGGUGGUGCACCACAAUGCCCGGCUGCACAAGGGGGCAGCCUCUGAGCUGCGCGACCAAGGCCUGGCACGGCCACAGGUGCUCCUCGUGCUGCCCUUCAGGGACUCGGCCCUGCGCACCGUCAAUGCCCUGGCCAAGCUGCUGGGGGCAAAGGACGUCGCCCACAGGAGCAGGUUCGAGAAAGAGUUUGGCAGCCCGGAGGAACCGCCGAAGAAGUGGCUGGAGCGUCCGGAGGACUACGAGCGCACGUUUUCGGGCAACACGGACGACGCGUUCCGUAUCGGGCUGCGCGUCUCCGGUCGCAGCCUCCGUCUCUACUCGGACUUCUACUCGUCGGACAUCCUGAUAGCGUCACCCCUCGGACUCCGGACCGUGAUCGGAGCUCCUGGCGAGAAGCAGCGGGACUUUGACUUCCUCUCGUCGGUGGAGUUUGUCGCAAUAGACCAGGCGGAGGUGUUUCUGAUGCAGAACUGGGAGCACCUGCUGCACCUUAUGGAGCACCUGAACCUGCGGCCGACGGCCCCACACGGUGCGGACUUCUCACGGGUGCGGCUGUGGUGCCUGCAGGGCUGGGGGCGCCACUUCCGCCAGACGGCUAUCUUCAGCCAGGUGGCCCUGGCGCCCAUCAACGCACUCCUCGGACGCCACGGCAACAACUACGCCGGCAGCGUGUCCGUCAUCAAUCCGCUACCCGCGGGGAGCAUCUCGGAGGUGACGGUGGCCCUGCCCCAGGUGUUCCGGCGGUUCCAGUGCCCGCGAGCAUCGGAGCUGGCAGACACCCGCUUUACGGCGUUCGUGGAGCGGGUGCUCCCCCAGCUGCUGGAGGCCCCCGGAGGAGGUGUCAUGGUGUAUGUGCGAUCCUACCUGGACUUCGUGCGCUUGCGCAACUACCUCAGGCGCACGGAAGCCAGCUUCACACAGACCUGCGAGUACACCCCAGACGCCAAGGUGGCACGCGCUCGGAACCUGUUCUUUCGAGGCCGUCGCCGCCUGCUGCUGUAUACAGAGCGGUUCCACUUCUACCGGCGGUACCGCAUCAAGGGGGUGCGGCAGCUGGUCUGGUACGAGUUGCCCAGCCUGCCCCACUUCUACCCCGAGCUGUGCUCCCUGCUCCAGCCCAACAUGCAGCGCAACCGCCAGGGGGGCAGCUUCGCCUGCUCUGCCCUCUACUGCAAGCAGGACGCGCUCCCGUUGGCCGCCGUGCUGGGGUCGGCCAGGGCGGCCAUGUUGCUGCACGCGGAGAGCGACACCCAUGCCUUUGUGUCUGGAGACUGAGGGUCGCUGCCCACACCACAGUCUAUCCCGAGGACGUGUUUCGAGCGGCCAAGUUCCGUUGGAAGAAUUGAAGAGCAACGGCCCCGCUUUCGUCUCGGGUAAUCAGGGCACCUUCCGUAAGGUUUCCAUUCUGCCCACCCCAGGACACGGUGCGAGAUAUAUAUAUAUAGGUGGGGACACGCAGCACGGUCCCAUUGGUGCGCCGCCGGUCCCAUGAAGUCCCAUUGGCGUGCACGCUGGUAGCCUAUGUUGACAACAUCUCCGCCGGUGCGAUUGCGAAAAAAGAAAGGAACAAUCAAAAACACAAAAAGUGUCUCUUUGCCGCGGUACCUUCGCACGUCUGCAUUCUGCUCGGUGCGUCUGCUUUGACCUCGAUUGUGCUAGAGAUCUUUCUGCUUCGAUGCACUUGUAAAACUUUUCUUGCCGCUGUUGAGGCAUGAAACUAGGGUCAAUGACAAAGCUGCUUCUAAGCAACACACAUAGCACGAGUGCUGAGUUCUACAUUGCACGGCACACCUAGAAAACAAUUAUAAGGGCAUGCCUCCCAUAGAGAAGUGUGGGAAACCGGGCCUGCAACAGGCUACCCCUAGCCGAUUAUCGAAGAGUCUUCAGAUUUUGACGCUUGCAACCAAGCUGAGGACUUGAUUUGACAAGUGCGAUGCAUGCAGCAUACACACGUAAAUAUAUCUUGCACCGUGGUCUCGAGCAAUCGAGGUGCCUUUGCGAAGGUUUGCACUCUGCUGACCCCAGGAGCAAGCCCCUCGGCGACCGUCAGCGGGAGAGCUGCCAAACAACGGGAGUGCUGCCCAUAAAUUUGUUUUCGGAGAAACGGACUCCACGCAUAUCCAGACAUCUAAGCUCCACUCGUCCGAAAGACUAUCACGGUGACUGUGUUAAGCAACUGGAAAGUGAGCCCUUUGCGCAUUCGUUGUGGCUGUUGGGGCUCGGCUCUCCGCCGAGUGCCAAAGUGCGGAUUUUGUUUGCGACAGAUCUGGGACGACGGAGCUGCUACCGAGAUUGUCGGGAGUUUAGGGUCUCUCAAACAUGUCGCACCCUUCUCUUCGAAGGGGGUUCAUAGCCGUGGUCUCAAAGCGGCUCGGUGUCCACAAAUGAGUCAGCAUAGCACAUGCGUAGCAGGAAAACGGCAUGGAGGCACCCAACUCUCUGGGCACCACGAACAAUUCCAGUGUUUUGUGGUGCGUCCGUUCUAAAAGGCCACACCCACCGCUGCUUAGCGCGACUGUGAACCCAGGUUUUCGGCAGAAAACCACCAAUGUGGAGAAUAAAGACUAUAACGCCGAACAA